UUAGUAUUCGGCUAUUGCCUUUGAUCUUACUUGUUACUUUACUACCAACUUCAACUCUCUAUCCAACCAUUUUUUAAUAUACAAAAACACACAUCAAGAACUGCUUUUGCCUCUUCUAAAAUUCCAAUGCUAGUUAACUUUUCUUCUCCUUCAAAGGUUCAUUCUUCCUCAUCUCUAGAAGGACUAGAUUGAUCUUUGAUCUGUCUUGCAACAGAUCAUCAUACACUUUCUUUGAUUAUUGAUCUUUAACUGCUUGGACCCUUCCUUCUGAUAAAAGUUUUUAUUCAGAUAAGGAUAGAAGCAUGUAUAUGACAGAUACUUACUCGAUCGAGAGUUACGAGAAGUACUUCCUUGACUCACAAACGGAAGAACUCGUAGAAAUGUCUAGUUCCAACAUUUCUACAAGUUCAAUUCAUCCAGAUGGUGCUUCAGUGGUUACUAAUAACCCAUUUGAUAGUUGUGUGAUGAUGGAAAAUCGAGGCGCGGAUUCAAUUGAAGUGGACGGAGUAAUGAGAUCAAAACUAGAAGCCUUGGAGAGAGCUUUACUUGAGGAUAGUGACAUUGAGGCGGAAGAGGAAUAUGAUGACUCUCGAUGCAUGGAAAUCGAUUGGGCUGAUCAUGAUCCGAUUCAGAACAUGCUGCUUCUCGAUGACCAUGACUCGCCAAAGGAGUAUUCAUCUUCGGAUUCAAACGUUAGUAGCAUUCGUAGCACCGCAAAAGAAAUAAGAAAAAUCUAUAGGACUCCCAAGCAACUGCUCUAUGAAUGUGCUACUGCAAUUUCAGAAGGAAAUGACGAGGAAGCAUCGUCGAUGAUAAACAAUCUGCGACAGAUGGUAUCGAUUCAAGGAGAGCCUUCUCAGAGAAUUGCAGCCUAUAUGGUGGAGGGACUUGCAGCUCGCCUAGCUGAAUCGGGUAAAAGUAUAUAUAGAGCCUUGAAAUGCAAGGAACCUCCUUCUUCAGACCGUCUAGCCGCGAUGCAGAUACUCUUUGAGGUUUGUCCGUGUUUUAAAUUCGGGUUUAUUGCUGCAAACAAUGCAAUUACAGAAGCUGUUAAAGAUGAAAUGAGGAUUCAUAUCAUAGAUUUCGACAUCAAUCAAGGAAGUCAGUACAUAAACCUUAUUCAAACACUUGCAUUGAGAUCUUGUAAGCCCUCACAUGUUAGAUUGACCGGGAUCGACGAUCCUGAAUCCGUGCAGCGAUCCGUUGGAGGACUAAAUAUCAUAGGACAAAGACUAGAAAAACUAGCAGAAGCGCUCGGAUUGUCAUUUGAGUUUCGGGCAGUCUCGUCCAGGGCUUCCGUUGUCACCUCAUCAAUGCUCAGCUCCCGUCGUGGAGAAGCCCUUGUUGUGAACUUUGCAUUCCAGCUUCAUCACAUGCCCGACGAGAGCGUUUCAACGGUAAACGAACGAGACCAACUUCUUCGCUUGGUAAAGAGCUUGAAUCCGAGGAUUGUAACGGUCGUGGAGCAAGAUGUGAACACAAAUACCGCGCCAUUCUUGCAGAGAUUUGUUGAAGCUUAUAACUACUACUCUGCUGUUUUUGAGUCACUUGAUGUUACUCUUCCUAGAGAGAGUCAAGAUAGGAUGAAUGUUGAGAGGCAAUGCUUAGCAAGGGACAUUGUUAAUACAGUAGCGUGUGAAGGCGAGGAUCGGAUAGAACGGUAUGAAGUCGCGGGGAAAUGGAGAGCUAGGAUGACAAUGGCGGGAUUUACUUCAUCGCCGAUGAGCGCAAAUGCGAGCGAUGAAAUCAGAAAACUAGUUAAGGUGUACUGUGAUAGGUAUAAGGUAAAGGAGGAAAAGGGUGCACUUCAUUUUGGUUGGGAAGACAAAAACUUGAUUGUUGCUUCGGCAUGGAGGUGAACACAAAAACAUGAUUAAUUGUUCCUAGUGUUUGGUGUAGUGUUUUUCUUGCUUGUUUAAUAGUUAUGUACACUCAUUCUGAUCUUUGUAUUGUAAUGUUUAGCUAAUAAUGAAGUUUCAUUUCAUUGAA